GAAAGGAAGCUGACUUCUUGGAACUGACAAGCCAGCUGAGAAGUUUGAGACAGUACACCAUGACUGAUCUGGGAUGUAAAAAGCCCAGUGACUGCACCGUCUCCAGACUGCUCAAUGUUGUGGAGAGCGAACUCCAAGCUGGCAGAGACAAAGGGGACCCGACUGAAAAACAACUCCAGCUUGUCUUGGAGGAGGCUGCGCUGUGGCAGAGGUUCAGGGAAGUCACUAACGAGAUGAUCGUGACCAAGAACGGCAGACGGAUGUUCCCGGUUUUAAAGAUUAGCGUGUCAGGUUUGGAUCCCAACGCCAUGUACUCCUUCCUGUUGGACUUUGCCCCGACCGACGGCCACCGCUGGAAGUAUGUGAACGGUGAAUGGGUGCCUGCUGGGAAACCAGAGCCACCAAGCCACAGCUGCGUCUACAUUCACCCAGACUCUCCCAACUUCGGGGCACACUGGAUGAAAGCCUCUGUUUCCUUCAGCAAAGUAAAACUUACCAACAAGCUCAAUGGAAGCGGGCAGAUAAUGCUGAAUUCCUUGCAUAAAUAUGAGCCUCAGGUUCACAUUGUUCGUGUGGGAGGCCCACACAGGAUGGUGAUGAACUGCUCCUUUCCAGAAACUCAGUUCAUAGCUGUCACUGCUUAUCAAAAUGAAGAGAUAACAGCUCUCAAAAUCAAGUAUAAUCCCUUUGCCAAAGCCUUCCUGGAUGCAAAGGAAAGAAACCAUCCCCGGGACACUCCCGAAAAUGUUUUGGAAGGUCAACAUAUGACAUAUUCUCACUUAGGUGGCUGGUUGAUUUCCAACCCAGAUGCAGUGUGCACAGCAGGAAACCCUAAUUAUCAGUAUGGAGGAGCUUUGUCUCUGCCUGCCCCGCAUUCCCACCAGGGCUGUGAGCAUUAUGCGGCCCUUCGAGGGCAUCGGGCUGCACCAUAUCCUGCUUCGUACAUGCAGAGAAAUCAUUCCCCAACAGUGAAUUUGAUCGAGAGCUCAAGCAAUCAUCUGCAGAUGUUUCCAGGACACGAUAGCUGGGCUUCUUUACCAUCCACACCACAUGCCAACUUGCUUUCAGUACCACAUGCCAAGGGAACUGCCACUGCGGGUCCUAGCCCCUAUCCCUGUCUGUGGACAGUCAGCAACAGUGCCCUUAAUGUUGCCAACCCGGGGAGUGACAUGAAUGGCAGCGCUCCAGGCACGUUCCUACGAGACGUCAUACCACAGCAGGCAUGGAGCCAGCUCAGAUCACCUUGGCAGUUAUGAGCACUGUAAACACC